CCCCGCAAUCUCGACCACACGAAAAACGCCGCUACGUAUGACGAUGACCGAACUAUCUAUGCCUGGCCCUUACGCUUAACAUGGCACUCUGACCUGACACUCUCCACAGAAAAACCUCAACGAUGCCUCUCGAUCCCAAUCACCAGGAGGUGCAAGAUGCGCCGAUAAUACAGAACGUCGACGAGCUGGGCGGACCUCCUGCCGACUACUCCGAUGACGCUAAUAACAGGUUCGUUAUCAUCAACAACGCGGACGAGGGACAGCACGGCGAUGAGGGAGAGGGACAGGCCCGGAGUCUGCGCUCCCUGCACCCGUAUACUCGCCCGCUGACCAUCUCCGACCUCGACUCCUGCAUUGCUCUCGAGAAUGCGGCCUUUGACGACGAGAACGAGAGAUGCAGCCCGGAUAAGUUCAAAUACCGCCUCAGCAAAUGCGGCGAACUCAGCCUCGGCCUCUUCUGCACCGCCACCCCCGACUCCGACAUCCCCGCCGCGACCCUCAAGACCGGCAAACCCGUCGAGACGUCGCGCGCCAACGGCGCCGUCAGCGUGCUCCUCGCCCACGUCGUCGCGACCAAGACGCGCGACGGCCUGGCCACCGACGUCGCCAUGGACUACCCGCGGGACUGGGAGAGCGUCAAGAGGGACGAGAGUAAGGAGGGGCAUCAUGAGGAUGGGAGGACGAUUUGUGUACAUUCCCUCGCUGUGCUGCCGCAGUUUCAGGGGUCGGGGAUUGGGCGCACGAUCAUGAUGGCGUAUAUGCAGCAGAUGAACGGGGCGGGGAUUGCGGAUAGGUUGGCUAUUAUUGCGCAUGGACCCUUGGUGCCGUACUAUGAGAAGCUUGGGUUUGUGAGCAAGGGACCUAGUGAGGCUCAGUUCGGAGGAGGCGGGUGGUUUGAUAUGAUAUUCGACCUCAAAUCCAUCGAGGCUCGAGCCAUGUACGGAUGA